AUGUCGCGACAAGUGUCAUCAUAUACGCUGCUUCACAUUUCUCUCUUCCUCUGCUCGGCGAUUAUUUUUAAUAACGCGGGAUAUGUCGACAGCUUUUCCGAUUACUGUUCGGAUCUGGUUCAGUUCGAUGUCGAGGAAAUCGAGGGUCAUUUGUCGAAAUUAAAUCUCACGGAUGUACCUACCGUGAAAAUGAUGGCCGCUGGAUUCAAGUGUUCGAUCUCCGAUUUGGCCUUCGGCACCUUGAAGUCGGACUGGUCCAGGCUGUUGCUGCUUCAAGAAGCUCAGCCAGAAGGAUCGAUUAUCAAGCGUAAACUCGUCCGACUGAUGCGCAUUUUGAUAAUUGCUUAUUAUCAAAUGGAGGAAUAUUUCGACGCGACGGAUUCUAAUUUGACUCGAAACAAAUCUCUAAAGAAAGAAACUGAAGAAAAUAUAACUGUAUCGGAUAUGAAUGAUGCCGAAAACAAACUGCAUUACUGGAACAACAGUAAUUGGACAACUGAAACUUCAAGUAACAAUGUGGUUCUUCAUGACUCGCAUCCGCAGCCGUUUCUGAUAACAGUACCCGUUGGAAAUGAUCAUUCGAAAGUAGAAUCGCACACUACGGGAAUCGAAAUUACGACCAUAGAGAACUCUACCAACUCCAGUGACACGAACACCAUCGUUCCGUUCGAGAUCAAAUUGAGAUAUCAAAACGUCACGUUGUCGACCGAUCUUACGCCUUAUCGUUCUAGCGAUGUCUUUGAUGCAAAAAAUACCACCCCUAAGAUACUCGAUAAUUGUUUGAAGCAAUCAAUGAACGAUAUCGCGCGCAGGCAACCGAAUCGCAGCCAGGUUUUCGAGAUCUUGAGGAAUAAGGCAAAAUAUACCGAGCGCGCGGCUCGUAACGAGAUCAACGAUUACGGGAAAUAUCGUACCAAGAUAUCACCGCCGACGAACGAAUUCUGGAGAUACGUGACGUUUCCUACGGAUGCACCGCUAACUAUCCCCGGAGUCGCGAAGCGAGUUUAUCGAAUGCGGAGAUUAAACGGAUUCAGGACGAGUCUCCGGAAGUCGCGAAAACGCGCCAAAUCGGACGGCAAUAUUAACGAAAACUUGAGGCAAUUGUACGACAUCGAGAAAAAUGAAGUAGGCGUAAAAAAAUAUACGAGCGAUAGAAAUAACAUCGCGAUCGAGCGUGAGGGAAAAAAAGUGACAGGGUGACCAAAAAGAAAUACAAUACACGUCAUUUCUGCAUUUUGUGCAACGUCCUUCCCACGAUUUUAACAUUCGAUGGGUCCCGAGCUUCGCUAAACGGACAACGCUCGCAUAUAUUUUGCGGGAAAUCUCAAUAAAAUUGAUCUUUCAAUAUAUUUUCCGCCGUUAUUCUCGUACGAGCGACAUAUGCACGAAACGGCUUCAAACGAUUUUUGUACGUCGAUUUCGCACACUAGUAAAUCCACAUGCGACAAAUUAUUUUCCUUUCCGUUUCCAAUGAAGCGGCCGAUUUAAGCAUACCAUUACAUGGGAUGUGCGUAAACAUUUGUGCAAAAGAAUAAUAUUACAGCAUGUCAGGUAUAACUAAGUCAUUCCAUUGCGAAAGAGACUGCUCGAAAAUUCAGUGUCCCAUCUUAGGAUGCGGUACAUACAUUGUUGCAUAAUAUAAAUCGUGUAAUGGUAGUGUCGUUUAUUUUUAUAUCUCGUUAUCCCCGGUUACCUGUUGUUCCUUUAAAGCACAGUUACUCCAUAGAACACGUUCAAUCGGUAGCGGCAAGUACGAUUGCGCCAUGACGUUUCAAUAUAUCUAUUCUCGAUACCGAGGAAAUAUCGCCGUCUAUCCCGCACAUGUUGCACGCGGAAAUGUACGAAGAAUUCGCGGCCCCAUAAGGAUCAGAAUUUAUACGAUGCGAUGGGAUACAGCAUUAUAUAUUCGGCAUCGGUAACGAUUGCGAGCUACGCGACCGAAUUAUGCGACAAGUUGUGGGUUUAAUAAAAGCGAAUUGGUUUUACCGUCGCAUCUCGAUUAACGCGAAACGCGCGCUCUAAUUUACGAAAUAGCGGCGAGCGUGUUUUGCAAAUGAAUUACGGCUGAUUUUAACCGCGCGCGAAUGAAAAUAAAAACGUUUCGCUCGGGACGCCAUUCGGAAUUGAUAAAUAGCGGUUCUUGAAUUGAUUUAAUCAUUGUAAUGAAUUGUCUCUCGAACGAGCGAGCGGAGGCAGGAGAAAUCGGUGAGAAACAUUGCUUUUAUUAAUAAUUGAACGCGCGCGUGGAUCGAUCAGAAACGCGCUAAAGAAGUUUGAAACUUAUAACGGAUACUACUUGUAACGGCGGAACGGAAGAAGGUGCGGAGAAAAGUAAGCUGAGAAACUAAUCAUGACCACGAAUUCAAUCGCGGGAUUUCCAUGGAAUCACUGCUUCGGAAUCGCGGCGUCGCCGCCGCCAGACGCGCGCGCGCGG